GUUCAGAAUAGGCCGGUCAUGAGCGAAGAUGCGGCCGUUGAUUAUCUGGAAAAGUUACAGCGUGUGCUGAAUUUAGUUGAUCAUGUGUUUUACGUGAAAUUAUGGAUGGCAGCUUUAACCGGUCUAGCGGAAGAAUCCGAUGAAGCUAGUUCAACGGGUCAAACACUUUUGUGGAAGAGUUUUGUUUUAGUCAAG